UACAUAACCUUACAUUUUCAAAUAUUUGUUUAUGAUUUUGGUUUAUGUUUGUGUACCAAAGGUACCAAACCAAAGGAUUCCUCCUUUGGUACUAUAAUAAUUCGUUUAAUUAAUUAAUAAGAUAAUAAUUUUGAUAUAAAAAAUGGAAUGUGCCGUAUGCGGUGGCACUGAUUUCACAGCGGAAUCUGGCUACUACUUUUGUAAUGAAUGCCAGACUCAAACUCAAGAGUUAAAAGAACAUGAAUUUCAAGAAGAUGACGCUCAAAUUAACAUAAAACGUACAAGGAAAAUUAGAGAUCCUACGCCCAAAAAAAAUGCCGAACAAGUCACCAGUUGGGAAUGUUGGAAUGUUAUUAUAAUGAUGUUAACAGAAGAACUUAUCAAUCUUGGCGUUGAUAGAUCUAUCAAGAAAAUUGUGAAGUGUUUAUGGAUGAUGUAUUUGGAAAAGUUGGAAGUACUACAUAUGGAACGUGAUGAAAAACCGAAAUUUUCUGUAAUCAACCCAUCAAGAGACAUAAAAAUUGUUUACGGUAUAGCAGCAAAGGGAUGGAAAAGAAAGUAUUCGGUAUCCUCUGAUGAGACCAGUGGUACAAUAGUAUCUAGAAGGCAAAGAUCCAGCAAAAAGAGAGCCCUUGCUAAGGCACAAUACAAAGAACGAUCAGUACAAUCAAAAACGGAUGGAUCUUCAUCCUUACACAAUGAAACAUUGGCCAGUCUCAAAUCUCACUCAGAAGCAUCCGUAGAAGAAGAAGUACAAUUUAAUAAAUUGGGCGUUAAGGAACUGAAGAAAACAAUGUCAUAUCCGCGCAUAAAACGUCAUCAAAAGGAAAUUCUGUCUGAUACCAAUAAAAAACCUAAGAAGGUUACUGAGGCCUAUCGAGUACAUCCUUAUCACUUGAGUCCCUUUAAGAUUUACAGCAUUUUGCAUCUAGCCCUUCUCAUUAAAAAGGAUCCCAUGCAGUUGGGCGAUAUGUUAAGGUUCAUGAGGGAGGGACAUCUCAGUUUUAAUUAUUACUCUCAUCUUUUUCCUGAAUCAUAUGACAGCAAACGUUUGAAUGUUGUAGAUUUCCGAACGAAUUUCGGUUCUUUGGGUCACUCCAGAUUCAGACAUACAACUGGAAAAUUGGCUAAUCUGUUGGAUGUUUGUAGUUAUAUUAGUUGCCCCGAUUUAGUGGCAUUAGCCCGAAGGUACUGCGAGGAGAUGAAUUUACCAGAUGAUAUUUUCUUGGCAGUAAAAAAUAUUUUGUUAAAGGAUCCACCAUAUCAAGGAAGAAAGAUCGGUGAUUGUAUACCGAACUACGAAGGAAGGGUCAUGGCGGUAAUUAUGUUCGUCUUAAAGCUAUUCUUCGGUUUAGACGACGUUUCAGAAGUCAAUCUAUCACAAUUCGCUAAAGGCUUAAACGCUAAAUGGCCGAAGCUGAACAUGUUUGACAUCGUGGAAUGGAUGGAGUUUAUAAACUAUAGAAAAGUACUAAUCAACGAAUACCAUUUCCCUUCUUCUGUGAACGAAAACAUGGCCGCCACUAAUGCAGAUUUGUACAUGCAGUACAGGAAGAGCCAUGGCAUCGAGUUUGAAUACAAGCAAAACGUGGGCUUCCGGAAGCCCCAUGCGGCCGAGAUGAAUGGAUACAAGGACCUGUUAAACAAAAUUAUCAAACUACAAAACGACGAAUUUCCUCACAUCGAAUAUCCUCCCAGUAUCCAUCCGUAUAAAAGUCAUUCAGCUGUUGUCAAGAGUUUGCUUAACCGAAGUGAUCCAGAUGGCGUAAAAUAUCAUAUGCUAACCAAAUAUUUUCGAAACCGAAGCAUGGACUUCCUCUUUAAUCCUUUGGCCUAUUUGUGGCAACUAAAUAGCAAAGCAAAGUAUCAUCAUGGAGGUUUAAAUGAUCAAUGGGAGUUAAAACCAUUAGAAGCGAAAGGUGACUUCGCUUACUUUAAUAAGCCGGAUUUAUGGGAGCUUGUGCCUGUUGAAGUUGUUAAACACGAAGUAAAAAGAGAGCCUAGAAAAAAGAUCGAGAAAGAUUAUGUACCUAGCAAAGAUAUUCAAGUUGAGCUGCAAGAGUUUGCUGAGUACCACCAGGAUCAAUUUAAAGAGAAUUUAAUUGAGUUAGGGAACUUGGCAGCUAAACGUCCGUUUAAUGGAGAAGGCAGAUGUAACGGUGAUAGCGAAGAAACAUAUGAACUCCAUUGUUUCCCAUAUGAAAGAUAUUGGAUCAAUUUAAAAAACACGUAUGUCAUCACCUGCAGCGGCUUCGAACGAUUCAAUGAGUCCAUGAGAGGAUUUAGUUCAAGUUUCAAAUUGAUAUUAAAAGAAUGCAGCAGGAUUACGGAACAGACUGAUCAAGAAAUGUUCGAAGAAUAUUUCUAUACCGAGCUAUAUCUUAUAUAUUACGGAAAAAAUUACAGUGGGUCUAAGAAACGAAGGAAAUUAGUGAAAUUCAAAAAACGUUUGGAGAGACGACAACAUUUAGAGAAGUAUUGGUAAAAACCAGCAAAACCAAUAGUCCCCAGUACACUGUCCUUUUUUGAAAAUGAUUACAAAAGUCUUAAAAAUGGUUUUAACUGCUUCGUUUGAACGAGUAUAUCACUUUUUGAAAAUUUUCAGAGUGCAGGGUGGACGCGUUUCCGCACGCACAACAUCUAAACCUGUAGCUCUAGCGCGGUUACGUUUUGCUAUUAUAAAACUAUAAUUAAUAAAAAUCAAUGGGAAAAUCCCAAUAAUCAAAAGGUUAUACGAUAAUAUAAUAGUUAUUUAUGUACCAAGUCAGUAAAGACUCUUUACUGACGUGGUGCAUACAAAAUUUUAUCGCCAAUCAUAAAAAACAUUAACACUUACUUAACAUUUACUUAAUUAUAUCCUUCUAAUGAAAAAAGAGUGUGUGUACUUAGUCCUUAUAAUAGUCUAAGUAUGUCAACCAUUAAUAUUAAACAAAAAAGUUUUCCUUACGGGGGAUUCGAACCAAGUACUGACACGUCCGUAACUAGAUAUACAUAUAGUAUGAUAGAAUUGAUCCAAAAGAUGGCAUAACCCAGACAUCCAAAGUGAAAGUUAUCCUCCUACACCAAAUUGUUCUAUAUGGUUCACAUAAUGUUCAGAAAAAAGUCACACCGUUUUGA